UCUUUUUGCGUUGGGGAUUUUGUUCAGUCCUAAUUUAAUCUAAUUAUGGAAAAAUCCAACGGCAGCAUUCGUUGGGAUAGCGCCGAAACGAAAGCUUUAAUUGCGAUUUGGGGCGAUGGAGAAAUCCAAACCAAGUUCGAUGGGACAAUCCGAGACUCAGAAGUUUAUAAAAGUAUUCAUUCAAAGCUGCAGCAAGCAGGAGUUUUUAGAAGUAUCCAACAGAUUAAAACCAAAAUAAAAGCACUGAAGAAAGACUACCGAAAUGCUAGAGAUGAGCUGCGAACGAGUGGUCAUGGUGGUCAAACAAAGUUUUGUUAUUUUAAAGAAAUGGACCAAGUCCUAGGUGAUCGCCUUGCGUGCACCCCAACUGCAUUGAUGGAAAGCAUAAUUCAAAACGAAGCAAUAAUAGACGCAGAAGUGAUCCCGGAGUAUGUGGAACAGGAUUUGAAUGCAGGAGAAGGAGCACAAGAAGAUAACACUGUACCUGAAUCCGUUUCGGAAGCAGAAGAAUCAUUGAAGAGAAGUGCAGAAAAAACUCCUAAGGGGCAACCUGCAAGGAAAAGAAUUUCUUUGAAGGAAGUUGUUAAAAAUACAGUGUCCUCAGCACUUGAAAAAUUUUUGGAAUUUGAAAAAGAAGUGGAGGAGCGCAACCAUGAGCAGAAUUCCAAAUUCCAAUUGGAAUUACUUGAUAUUGAAAGGAAAAAACUUUCCUUGAUGGAAAAACUGUUUGAAAAAUAA